AUGGCGAAGGGAAAGCCGGCUGGUCUGAAGACGGCACGAAAGUUGGCGACACAUCGCCGGUCGCAAAGGUGGCAUGAUAAGCAGUACAAAAAGGCCCAUAUCGGAACGCGAUGGAAAGCUAACCCGUUCGGAGGUGCUUCUCACGCUAAAGGAAUAGUGCUAGAAAAGAUUGGUGUGGAGGCUAAACAACCGAACUCCGCUGUCCGGAAGUGCGUAAGGGUGCAACUUCUUAAGAACGGCAAGAAAAUUACGGCUUUCGUCCCGAGAGACGGUUGCUUAAGUUUCAUCGAGGAAAACGACGAGGUCCUGGUUGCUGGAUUCGGUCGUAAGGGACACGCCGUCGGUGAUAUUCCGGGUGUUCGUUUCAAGAUAAUAAAAGUAGCCAACGUUUCUCUUCGUGCUUUGUAUACACACAAGAAGGAACGACCUCGUUCCUAA